UAUAUACAUGUGCCAACUAAAAUCAAGUUAUAAUAUUCAAAUAUAUAUAAAUAAAUAAAAAUCUAAAAUUAGAAUGAUAGCAGUUAAGGCCAAUUAACAAACUUUGUAAAAACCACAAAUUAACAAGGCUUACGGAAACCAAUAUUAUUAAUGUCUCUAGGCUCUAGCCACCUUCAUUUUUAUUUUCUUUCUCAAACUACUACAAUCAUCAUCAUCAUUAGUUUCAUUCAUCAAUCUCAUUAAGAUUAAUAUGAACACACCAUAAAUAAUUAUUAAUUAUUAAUUGUGGAACCAUGGUCGAAGCUAGUAGUAGUAGGUUGGUGGGGGUGGUUUUGAUGGUUGGAAUAAUAUUAAUGAUGAAAUUUGAGAAUGGAGAGAGCAAUAUAGGAGUAAAUUGGGGAACAAUGGCAUCUCACCCAUUGCAUCCAAACAUAGUGGUGAAUCUUCUAAAAGACAAUGGGAUUAACAAAGUGAAGCUUUUCGACGCAGAUGAUUGGACAGUGAGCUCAUUGUAUGGGUCUGGUAUUGAGGUUAUGCUUGGAAUCCCAAAUGACAUGCUUAAAAAGAUGGCUUCUGAUUAUGACAAUGCCAAAGAUUGGGUCAAGCAUAAUGUCACCAAACAUCUUCGUGAUGAUCAUGGAGGAACUGAUAUCAGGUACGUUGGUGUAGGAAACGAACCCUUCUUAACAAGUUACAAUGGAACAUUCAUAAAACUAGUAUUACCAGCACUAAAAAACAUACAAAAGGCACUAAACGAAGCCGGCUUAGGAGACAAAAUCAAAGCCACAAUACCUCAAAACGCCGACGUUUAUGAGUCUUCAUCCAACACUCCCUCAGAUGGAAACUUUCGCAACGACAUAAAAGAUCUCAUGCACGAUAUAGUCAGUUUCUUAAAUGACAACAAAUCACCUUUCAUGGUCAACAUCUACCCUUUCCUCAGCCUCUACGACAACCCAAACUUCCCACGAGACUUUGCCUUCUUCGAUGGUGGUUCCAAGUCCAUAAACGACAAGAACAACCUUAAUUAUGACAAUGUUUUUGAUGCCAACCAUGACACCUUAGUUUGGUCCUUAAAGAAAGCAGGCUUCCCCAACAUGAAAAUCAUAGUUGGGGAAGUUGGUUGGCCAACCGACGGUGACAAAGAUGCCACAGUCGAUUUGGCCAAGAAGUUCUACAGCGGGUUAUUAAAAAGGUUGGCUAAAAAUAAAGGAACCCCUCUUCGACCCGGCCACAUAGAAACUUAUCUUUUCAGUCUUUUUGAUGAGGACAUAAAGAGUGUGGCGCCGGGAUUUUUCGAACGACAUUGGGGUAUCUUUCGUUACGAUGGACAACCCAAAUUUAGUAUGGAUUUUUCUGGAGAAGGUCAUGAAAAAAUGCCAAUUGGGGCUAAAGGGGUUCAGUAUUUGGAGAAGAAGUGGUGUGUAUUGGAUAGUAGUGUGAAGAACAUGAGUGCAGUGGGAAGUGAAGUGAACUAUGCUUGUUCAAUGUCGGAUUGUACUAGCUUGGGACCAGGGACUUCGUGUGAGAAGUUGAAUCAGAGAGACUCUGCUUCUUAUGCUUUUAAUAUUUACUUUCAAAUGAAUGAUCAGAGUGUUGAGGCUUGUGAUUUUAGUGGUUUGGCAAAGAUUGUGACACAAAAUGCUUCUAGGGAUGGUUGUUUGUUUCCUAUUCAAAUUGAGAGUUCUGCUGUUGUUAUUGGUUUGGGUUCUCAUAUGUUUCGCACUUUGGUUGCAGCAACUUUGGUCAUGACAUUGCUAGUGAUUUUGUAAAUGAAUUAAUAAAUGCAUCCAUAAUUCUUCUUAAUAUUGAAUAUCUUUCUUUCCAUUAUAUUACCAUUAAAUAACAUUGUCA